CCAUGAACGGCUCGGCGGCGGGCUCCGAGGGGGGCUGGCAGCCCGAGUCGGUGAUCAUCCCGCUGGUGUACCUCAUCAUCUUCCUCGUGGGCACGGUGGGCAACUGCCUGGUCCUGGCCGUGCUGCUGCGCAACGGGCAGGUGAAGAACACCACCAACCUCUUCAUCCUCAACCUGGGGGUGGCCGACCUCUGCUUCAUCCUCUUCUGCGUCCCCUUCCAAGCCACCAUCUACACCCUGGAGGGCUGGGUGUUUGGGCCCUUCAUGUGCAAGGCCGUCCACUUCUUCAUCUACCUCACCAUGUACGCCAGCAGCUUCACCCUGGCCACCGUCUCCCUCGACAGGUAUUUGGCCAUACGAUACCCCCUGCACUCGAGGGAGCUGAGGACACCCAGGAACGCCCUCACAGCCAUCUGCUUCAUCUGGGGGCUUUCCUUCAUCUUCUCGGGCCCUUACCUCAGCUACUACCAGGAGUUCCAGUUGGCCAACCUGACCGUCUGCCACCCCAUCUGGGAGAUCUCCCAGCGCAAGGUCAUGGACAUCUGCACCUUCAUCUUCAGUUACAUCAUCCCAGUGCUGAUCCUGAGCCUCACUUACGUGCGGACUAUUCGCUACCUGUGGAGGUCUGUGGACCCUCUCCAAGACAUGUCGGAGUCCAAGAAGGCCAAGCGGAAGGUCACCAGGAUGAUCAUCAUUGUAGCCGUCCUGUUCUGCCUCUGUUGGCUGCCCCAUCACCUGGUCAUCCUCUGCGUCUGGUUCGGGUACUUCCCCCUCAACCACGCCACGUACGUGCUCCGCAUCCUCUCGCAUCUCAUCUCCUACGCCAACUCCUGCGUGAACCCCAUCGUCUACGCCCUGGUCUCCAAACACUUCCGCAAGGGCUUCAAGAAGAUCUUCAUCUGCCUCUUGCACAAGAAGGCAGCCAACAAGGUGCACGUGGCCCAAGUGACAAACACCGUCAGCACACUGGAGGCAGAGCUCAGCGAGGUGACCCACAUCAGCGAAGCCAUGCCCGGCCGCUCCUCCCUGCGCUGCGAGGUCCCAGCCCAGCCCUGGGGGGAGGCAGAGCCAGUGGGACAUCAGCAGAAAGCAGAUGGCUCCUUCAUCGCCUUCAAUGUCACCUAGCAGAGCU